CUAUGGACGAUUUAUCGACUGAUCCCCUCUCGCACUGGAUCCACCUUCCAUAGAACAUCUCCUACGGUCUACUUUUGUCUGAUCCACGAGCUUUUAUUAAAGUCUACCUGAAAAUGAGACGCAUAGAAAACAAUCGGUGAUUUUUCGUGUUUUUCAGUUUUUUUGUUUUUGUUUUUUUCUUCAAAAGAAGAUUUAGACUUUAAAGGGAUUCUGCUUUUUUGUUUGUGUUUCACUUGGAUAUGGCAUAUCUCUGGAUCCAGUAAGAGAAUUUUACAGCGUCAGACGCGUCUGCAGCGGGGGAGAGCAGUGGAGGGACACGGAAACUUGUGUGGUGCAGGAGACGGUCUCUGAAUCUGCGCUGCCACAGUUGUCACAGACAGAGAAGAGCCAUGGUUACUUCACUCCUACUGAUGCUCAGCUGGACUGUGAUCUCUGAGGUUGUGAGAGCUCAGAAUGACACGGAACCGAUCGUCCUGGAGGGCAAAUGUCUCGUGGUCUGCGACUCUAAUCCGGCAACGGACUGGAAGGCUUCAUCCUCUCCGCUCGGCAUCUCGGUGCGCGCCGCCAACUCCAAGGUGGCUUUCUCUGCAGUCCGGAGCAACAACCAUGAGCCAUCGGAAAUGAGCAACAAAACAAGAAUAAUCUACUUCGAUCAGGUUCUUGUGAAUAUAGGAAACUACUUCACAUUUGAAUCAGUAUUUCUGUCCCCGAGGAAAGGAGUCUACAGUUUUAACUUCCACGUGAUUAAAGUGUACCAGAGCCAAACCAUACAGGUGAACUUGAUGUUGAAUGGGAAACCAGUCAUCUCUGCCUUUGCGGGUGACAAAGAUGUAACUCGCGAGGCAGCCACUAAUGGAGUUCUGCUCUAUCUUGAAAAAGAGGACAAAGUCUACCUUAAGCUGGAGAAAGGAAACCUAGUUGGUGGAUGGCAAUACUCAACAUUUUCUGGCUUUCUUGUGUUCCCUCUGUAAAAAAAAAAAAAAGAAAAGAAAAGAAAAGAAAAAAAGAAAAGAAGAUUGUAAGCUUACUGACUUCUUCAUAAUGUGUUGUCACAGUAUAAUCAAAACAUUGCUGCUGCAUCAGUUGGGUCUUGCCAAAAUGUUGAAAAAUGAUAGAUGGAAAUGGAUCCCAACAUAGAGAGGAAAAUAAGACUUUGGAAAUGGUUCACGUUCGCUGGAAGUGCUGUGUCCCCGUCCAGAUGAAAGAGAGACUUGAAAUGUUCCCUAUCGCUACUGUAUGUUCCUGUCACUCAAGCAGCCUCAGAGAGGAACACUAAAACAUCUCAAAAGUACUUUCCAGACUUUCACUUGUCGGAAUAUGUUUAGCAUACUGAUGUUUUUUCCCAUGACAACGGUUGCAUUCAAAGACAUCUGCCUUUUGAGAGUAAACCGUAUGCCUGUUACCUGUGUAGCUUGUCAUCAACCAAGUAUUUGUAUUGCUAAGUAAUGGGGAAUGUCUUUUCUGGAGCUAAUUGUUCCAGGAUACGUGAGGGAUAGCAGUAAUGUAGGUCACUGAUUGCCUAAAACAAUGCUAUUGGAAAUUCCUUAAUGAAACAAAGUAAUUUAAAAUUGAUUUAAAAAUUGUUAACUUGGCCACAAGACACAUCACAUCGUAGGCUUAACCUUCAGAAUUUUGCUAAACGAGGCACACGAAAACAGAAAAUUACCACAAAGGGCUUUAAAUUACCAUGAAGAGAAAAAGAUCAAAUGAUCCACAAAGACAUGCAGGUAAACCACAGUAGCACAAAAAGAUGCAAAAUGACCACAAAACAUACAAAUAGACAAAAACAAACUGAUUGAAAGGACACACAAAGAAAACGUGAGGAGUCUGCUUUCAGUCGGUUCUCAUUCCUGGCACGUUGACGCUCAAGUUUUGAGAUAAGUACAGGGUGUCCUUUGGUGUAGUGACGCAUCAGGUCACAGGGGCCUGUGUAAAAGUGAAACCAUGAUCUUUUUCUGUACCUAACCGAGUUUUGGUACCUAAACUUAAUCGAUCAACAAGCGAAAACAGAAUAAAACAAACCUCUCAUUUGGAACAGUCAUGUCAGUGAAAUAUGAUUCAUGCCAACUGUUUUAAUAGGACACUUUCUUCUCCGUGUUCAAUUACGCCGGGCAGUCAGUCUUAUUUCAGGUAGGAAUUUGGCUUUCAACCACAAUGAAAGCAAGACAAAUCUAAUAAAACAAUUCUUUUGCAUUAAUUUUUUGCUGUGAAGCUCUCGUUUUGUUUGGUGGUAUUUUUGACC